UUAUUUCAAUAAAUUUUUUGUUCACUAUUUUAAAUUAUGGUACCUAAUGGAGUUGCUUUUGUUUUAGCGUGGCUUUAAGUUUGGUCAUGCUAUUAUGUUUGGAAAACCUGAAGUGCAAUGCAUCCGCAGAGAAUACCCAACUGGAUCUUGGUAACAUAACAAAUUUAUUGGUCAAAUCUGACCUGAUUGAGGACAUUGACGAUGAUUAUAUUGACUAUGUGGAUGAGAACGAAGUUAGCAAGCAAACACGCCAACGCAAUCAGAGCACACUCGAAAGAGUGGGCACAUUUUACGCAUGGGAUCGCUGGGAGAAGUGGAGCAAAUGUUCAAGCACUUGUGUGCAAAUCAAGCAACGCAAAUGCAUAGAGCGUAUCAAAAACUCGACAUUGGAGAGCACCGUGGAAAGGCGAUUCUAUCCUGGCAGUGGAAAAACUGGUUGCUUUGGAGUAUUGAAGCGGUAUCGUCAGUGUAAGGAGGAGCGCUGCAAGCCUGGCAAGCAACGACUGCGCGACGAACAAUGCGAAAGAUUUAACAGUGUGGCAUAUCGUGAGACGUUCUAUAAUUGGGUCGGAUAUGAAAAAGAACAUGACGAGUGCAUGUUAUUCUGCCGCGCGUUUAACUCUGAUUUAGUCAUUAGUAUGAAUCAAUCUGUCACCGAUGGUACACCCUGCAAUCGUCCGGCCGUCUACUAUACCCACUUCUACAGACGCCAGGCCGUGUGUGUGGAGGGAAUUUGUCGGGCUGUGCAUAGCAGCGGCUUGAUACGUCCUGUCACAACUCGUGAUAGUCAAGUGAAGUGUGGUUCGGUAUUGUGCAAACAUGUUAGUGAAGUAUUUAACAAGACAAAUCGUACAAAGGCCUACAACUACAUCACCACACUGCCAGUUGGGGCUAUGAAUCUAUCGAUUGGGCUAAAUGUGCAUGGCAAUGAUUCAUUGGCUUUGAAAAGCCCCGAUGAAGUCCUUCUUAUAAAUAGAGAUCGUUCGAAGAUAUUCGAUUUCAAUGAUAAUGCUUACGAAUAUAACCAUCCAAAUGGUUUGCUUACAUCAAGGGGACCGUUUCCCAAGGCUGUGAUCUUGAUGCAUUUCUUAGCCGACAACCAGAGCGCAAUAGUUGAUAUCCAAUAUAACUAUACUAUACCCAUUUCCUCUCCGCCCGUAAACGAAGAGGAGGAACUGCAAGCUAUCUGGGAUGAGUCGGGUAAGCUCAUUAAUGAUGCAGACAAUAGCUAUGCACAGCGAAUUAAGGAGCGCAAACGCCGGCGAUUUAGUUGGAAAUUAUUGGGUUUCGGUGAAUGUAAUCGGUCUUGUGGUCCCGGCACCCAAACGCCCAUUUUCCGCUGUGUAUGUGUGCGUGAAUCCUUGAUAAGAUAUUACUCGCCCCGACGGUGUGCCUUCAUAGAGAAACCAACGUUUAAUGAUGACAUCUACAAUUGCAAUCGUGGCCUGUGUCCGGCCUUUUGGCGGCCGAGCAACUUCAGCAAUUGCCAAUGUCCGGACGGGAGUUCCAUUGGCCAGCGUAGACGACACUUUGAAUGCAUGCAGGAGCAAAUCAAGGGAAAUGUCAUGCUAGUAGCAGACGCGCUAUGUCCUGCGAGAAACGAUACAGCUGAGGCCUGUCGUUGUCAGACUAAAAAUUAAAAGAGCCAAGGGCUGCAAACAAUGCGAUGCGAUACGAAUUCACUUUCAAUCUCUGUAAUAAAACUGGAAUUAUUUCACAAGCACAGGCCACAUUUUGUGGGCAGACUAUGCGAGAAUUGCCUUUAAUAUAUUACAC